AUGUUUAAAACACUCUCUUUUAAUAUCUCAAAGAAUAUAAUCAGAAAUAAUAAUAAAUUUCUUUUUCAACGUGUAAAUAUACAAUGCUAUAAUCAAAGUUCCUACAAUAGAUUUAACAAUAGGCAUCAAUUUUCUAUUACAAAUUAUAUCAAUGAUCCAAAGAAGCGUAAUAGAUUAGCACUUAUUAUUGGUGCCACAGGUAUAUUUUAUAUUUUAAAUCAAGAAAAAGCACCUGUAACAGGAAGAAGAAGAUUCAUUUGGAUUUCAUCGUGGCUUGAAAUGAAAAUUUCAAAUUAUACGUAUAAGUCUAUGCUAAAUGAAACAAGAGGAACGAUGCUUCCACAGAAUCAUCCUACUACUAAAAAGGUUGAGAAGAUAUUUCAUAAAAUCGUAGAAGCAUCCUAUAAGGAAGAAACAGUAGAUCGAUCUCAGCUAGAUGGUAUUGAUUGGAAAAUCCACGUUAUAAACGAUUCAAGAGCUCCUCCUAAUGCAUUCGUUCUACCAGGGGGUAAAGUAUUUAUAUUUAGUGAGAUGUUGAGGAUCUGUGGAAAUGAUGAUGGCAUAGCUACCGUUUUGUCACAUGAAUUUGCUCAUCAGUUAGCAAGACAUACUUCAGAAAAUUUGUCCAAAGCACCAAUAUAUACAUUGCUAGGCGUAUUAUUAUAUUCAAUAACAGGUACUGGGUCUUUUAAUAAUAUACUAAUGGAUGGCUUGCUACGAAUGCCUGCUUCCAGACAAAUGGAGACUGAAGCUGAUUAUAUAGGACUAAUGAUUAUGGCAAGAGCCUGCUUUCAUCCUGAAGAGGCCGUUAGACUUUGGCAAAGGAUGACUCAGUAUGAAAGAAGAAGUGGAUUAGGAAUGCGUAAUGUAGAAUUUUUAAGUACUCAUCCUACAAGUGAGAAAAGAAUCGUUAAUAUGCAGAACUGGAUGUCACAGGCAAGAUCAUUAUACGAACAAUCGGAUUGUAAUGUUCCAAACUCAUUUUAUCAGGGAUUCAGAGACUCAUUUACCGGAGGGAUCAUUGAACCUGCAUAUUUGGCUUGGAACUGA